CUCUUAUGGUGAUCUUGAAUUUUUGUUUGCAAUUUUUGAGAGUUUGCUCAUUCAUGAUAGAAUCAUAAACACAGAAUAGAAUCAUUACUCAUUAAUAUGGCAUCUGACCGAGAUUCUGAUCAGAUGGAUUUAACACAAUGUGCGGACAGCGCUCGCACGAGCCCAGAUAAUACUGUUUUUAUAAAAGGGGAUAAUAAAGAAAUAGAUAAUCCCUUGGCCUCAGAUAACACUGUUGUGUGGCAGAAUGAAAUGCGCCUUGCUCCAGGGCCUGGUGCUAUUUCGAAAAAUUUAGAAUCUGCCAGAGUGCCAAAAAGUACAGGCUAUUGGUCACGGGAGAAUGAUUCAUUGUUCAGUCCCGUAAAUGAGCACUCCAAUGAGGAAAUAAAGCCUGCUCCUCGAACAUCCACAGCGAUGCGUUCCUCAGAAGUUGAAAAUGCUAAAUCAAUGAGUGAACAAAUUGGCUAUUUGUGGAGUAAUAUUGAGCUCAUAAACCAUAAAUUUGAUAAAAUUGAUACCAAGUUGGAUGUGAGUGCUCUUGAGAGAAAUGUUUCCAUGGCAGUGACUCAAGCGUUGGUCCCUGUUCUGAAAACAGGUGUUACUUCAGCAGUUGCUGAUGCAAUGGCGCCAGUAAUAGAAAUGAGUCAAAAUCAAAAUUUAGCCAUGCAAGAGCAAAUGAAUGCAAGUCUCUCCCAACAGAAAUCUGAAUUGCUCCAACUGAUAAAAAAUAAGUCUGUAAGGGAAGAGCAAACUUCACAUGAAGUGAAGUUAUCAAAUAUGCAUGAUAAUGAAAAAUCUCAUGUGGAGCAACGAAGAGGAGUUUCUAAGAGGAAAGAGUGCGCUCUUUCUCCUCCUCCUCGGCCAUAUGCUCUAAAAAGACAGAGCGCAUUUUAUCAGCCUCAUUCUCAUAGAGAAAAUGAGUUGCUUGCUCCUGAGCAAAAAGUACCUGCUAGUGUAUACGCUCAGCCAGGUGAGAGAAAUGUUAUGUUUGCUCCUCCUAAUACGCCAACUUCUGAGCGAAGUGAAUUGUAUAGGAGUG